AUGCCUCCCCGCAAGGCGCGCGACGUUAAGAGCGCCGCCCCAAGCCCCUCGCCAGCGCUCCGCUCUUCACGUUCGCGUUCCCAGCUCACAUCCUCGACCACCGACGACGAGGUGACCCAGCGCGCUGUUCCAGUGGAGGAGACCGUGGAGGAGACCGUGGAGGAGACUGAGGAGGAGGAAGACGAGGACGUGGAGGGUGGUGUUGACGGUGUCGAGGACGAGGACGAGGAUGGCGCCGAGGCCGCCGAGGAUGACAGCGGCUCAGCAAAGCCUACCCUCGCCGACAGGCAAGCAAAGCUCAAGGAGCUGCGUCUUCGCAUGAACGCAACCACCGCCGCCAACCGCCGCGACCUCGUCGAGGACCACCAAAAGUCCAAGGUCACCGCCCGCGAGCUGCAGCGGCUUGAGAAGCAGCGCAAGCUCGCGCAGACUCUGCGACUCAAGGCCGAUGCCGACGAGACGGGCGAGGACCUCGAGCGCCGCAAGGCUUGGAAGUGGAGCAUUGAGCAGAAUGAGCGGUGGGAGAAGAAGCAGGACGAGUCCAAGGCGAGGGGUGACUCGUCAUUCCACAACGAAAACGACGACGCGUUCAAGCGCUACGAGAGGCGAGUGCGCGGCACCAAGGUCGACCUCGUCGGCUACUCGAGGCAAAAGGAGGCCGCCCUUGGCCUCGCCCCCGGCACCUUGGUUCCCCUGGGCAUGACAAGCUCUGCUCUGGCCGCUGCGGGUCCUUCCAAGAUGUCCGGCAAGCUCACCGCCGCCGAGGACCUUUACCGCACCGCCGACACUCUCAGCUACGGCGACAACAAGCCCAGCGAAGAGGCUAUUGAUCGCGUCAUGGAUGGUAUCAACAAGGGCAUGGCCAACAAGCGCAGGAAGAAGGAGGACGACGACGACACUGGCGAUGUCACGUACAUCAACAAGCGCAACAAGCACUUCAACAAGAAGGUCGCGCGCUACUUUGACAAGUACACCAAAGAUAUCAAAGCAAACCUCGAGCGUGGAACGGCUCUCUAA